UGUUAUUUCUUCUUCUCAGGUGAAUCCUUGGUCAUCCUUUGAGCACAAAAUGGUUCCGCAUCCCGUCAUUGAUUUUGCAUUCACAAGCCUGCAAGAAGGAGAAGGCAAUACACUAAGCGCUACUUGCAAGUUUUGUCAUGUAGAAAAAACUGUGAAAUUCACCAGAUCCAGCAAAUCAAAUUUACUUAAGCAUUUGGAGCGCAAUCACUAUGAAGCUUUUAAUACUUACAUCAAUACCUAUCCUAAACAAAAAGUUUCAACUGGUCAACGUAAAGUACACAUUGAAUCUUCAUCAGAUUCAUCACCUCCUGUUGAAACAACUCGCUCAUUUAAAUUUAUUCUCCCCAAGUAUGCUUCUUGCACCUCAUCUUCUGACACUAAAGACACGUCAACAUCUGAUGCAUUGCUGGUCCUGCGAGACCCAACUGCUUCUAAAGCAACGCAGCCUCUGCAAACAGCUUUGAAAACAUUGGAUAGCAAACCUCAGUGUUCCUGCUGUUCGGAAAUUUUAUCUGCUAGAAAAAUGUACAAAACUUUGUUACAAGUUGCAGUGGAGAAAUGCAGACACAAAAAUGAAUGUUGCUGCAAGAAGUUGAUUAAGGAUGGUGAUUCUGAAGCACCUGAUAAUGAACCAAAUAUUUCACAAAAAUCCAAUGAUAGGUUUGAUGAUUCAAGUUUUUUGUCACAAUAUGACAGCAAAAAAGGUGCAGUUGUUCAUUUCUGUAAGGACUGCCUCAUUCAUCAAAGUCCAUCAAGAGGUCGCCGUAAGGUUGGAGAAUCAUGGUCUAAUGGAAUCACUUUCAAAGACACCAGAAGCAAGAAUUCGGCUAAGAAAAGGCAUCUUGAAAGUGCUCAACAUGCAGAAGCUCUUGAGUUGAACAAGCGUGAAGAUGAGCAUGAGAUUAGAAGUGGGUGUCCAACCAGUGAUGAGCGCCAAAGUUCAACAAAGAACUCAAUGAUAGCUGGAAUAUUUAUGGCAACUAAUUCCUUGCCAUUUGUUAUGUAUACAGCAUUGUGCGCAUUACUUGCAAUUAUUUGCCCAUCUCGUGUAAGCCAUCCCUUGGGCAACCGUCAUCAGUCUCCUCUUGGUAUCCGAAACAUAAUCCUUGCCAAUUAUGAAGCCUGUGCCACCACAGUGAAGAAUUUCUUUGCAACCACCUUUUCAGCUACAAGAAGUACCAGAAAAUUCAUGAUUUGUUGCAGCAGAGGUACUGCUCCCAUGGAUGUCUCUCGACAACCUAUUGUUGCUACCUACGUUGCUGACAAUGGCCUGCCAAAAGAAGUUCUUCUUGAUGUUUCAAUGAUUCAGCAAGGAGAUGUGCUGUCAACUAUGAAUCAUUUCAAAGAAACUGUUUCUUCAUUUCUCGACCCCUCAUCCAUUGUGUUUAUAUGCACAGAUGAAGCUUCUGAGCACUUGGGGAAGAAUGAAGGCUUCUUGGAAAAUUUAAAAGCAUCAAAUGAAUAUCACAAUGUAAUUGAACUCCCUGAUUUCUGCCAUAAAAUAGAAAAAUUGUUCCAUGAAACACUGCCUCAGUGGGCUAUGGUCUGUUUAUCAACAUCCAGAGAUAUUGCGUCUUUCAUCGCUGACCAGAAUGUCAUGAAGCAAAUUCACAGGCACAUCAAUGUUGUUCAUGGAUCAACUUUUACUGUUAGCCUGAACCAGAGUCAGACUCAUUCUGUUGAAAAUGUGCAACUCCACUUAGAAGCCAUUUUGAACAACAUCCAAAUUUUGUUUGAAGCCUUACCUGAAUUGAUACAUGAUAAGAAUUCAAUUGGUAACAGAGCAAAAUCAAUUCUAAGAUUGCUUAUUAAUGAUUGUUUUGUUGUCAGAAUGAUGAUGAUUCAUAGACUUUGCAAAACUAUGCUUAGUAAACGAAAAGGUGCUCAAGACAUUAGCUUUGGACCAUUAGAAUACAAGCACCAAGUGGACAGCCUUGCUUCAGAAUUGUCUGAACUAAAGAUCCCUUCUAUUAAGAUUCAAAGUUUUAUGAAGAGUGGAAUUCUUGAGUUGAACUUUGGAACUCACACCUCGCCCAAGUUUAAAAGCUUUAACUUUGAAGAAAUGGCAUUAAAAGCAGGCUUGACACCACCAAGCCAACUUGAUGUAUGUAGGGUUGAUUACAUGGCUUCUUUAAUUGAAGAGAAUUCCAAAUGGAUUGACAGAAUUUGUCAAGAAGCUAAAAAAAACUUGGAGAUCCCUGCUGCCUUAGUUUAUGUUACAGAGUCAUUUUCUCUCCAUAAGAAGUCAUUUAUUACAGAGAAGUUGACAGCUUUAACCAAAUUAUUUGAUAUCUUGAAUGUGCAAUUUGAGAUGUGUGGCAGUGAAUGCAUUGGAGUUCACGAGUGCACUUGUUUGAAAAACGACUAUGUAAACUUCAUGGACCUAUUCCAAAGUGAAUGGGAGGCUGCACCUGACAACAAACUGAUCAAGAUUGGAAGUGCAACAGCACAGUCCUACACCCAUGCAUUUGCUCAUUACAUCAGCACCAACAACAGCACACCAACGUAUCCAGUGAACAUCAUACGGUGCCUUGAAGUCAUCCAGCUCAUGAAGCCGACUCUAGCGGCCACGGAAAGAGUGAUGUCACACGUGGCAAUUGCUGUCAGAAAUAAAUAUGAGGCCAAGGAAUACAACAAUGGAAUAGAAUCUGAUGGAGAUGGACCUGACAUUGAUACUGUCCAGAAUGAAGUGUUUCUCAGAUGGAACACAAACAUGGUCCAGCAUGAUGCAGACCUUGCUAGAGAAAUAUUCCUAAGAGAACAUAAGGAAUCUAUGAUGAAAACUAAAGUGUCCACUGAAAAGAGUAGAGCAGUUAAUAAUUACUUGAAUAAACUUGCAACUGCUGUCGUGACAUCAAAUCCACGUAAGAGAAGUUUUGUUCCAGAUUUUGAAAACUCGGGAAACAAAAAAUUUAGAAGGGAGGUUCCAUCUCCUUUCAACGAAGCCCUCGAUUCAUUGUGUCUCCCUGAAGGCACAGCAUUAGAAGAUGUUCAACAUCCUGUUGGUGAAGUUUCCGUUGACAACAUCAAGCAUGAGGUGCAGGAUGCCACUGAGUAUGUUGAAGUCAAAAUGGAACCCUUCUCCGAUGAUGAUGAUGAUGAUGAGAGCAGCAGCAGGUCGUCCUGUGCUGGGGGAGCAGCUGCUGGUGGCAGCGAUGUCUUCUUUGAAUGAUCCUCCCUAUGCUCGCCCUCAGGAGCAACUGCCAACGUAAUUCAGACCCUGGCGGGGAGACCGGCGUCACUCCUGCAGCAGACCACACGACGCGGGUUGCCCGCGCCUUCCUUUUAUUUAUUUGACUAUUGAUUAUUAAAAUAAUUAAUAAUGUGCUGCUCAUCCAUCACAUCCGUGAAAUCUUAAUAUAAAAUUAAAAUUU